AUGAGGAGGGACAAUCAUCGCUGCAAGCCCGUCGUCGCCGCCCUCGUCGACGAGUACGAGAACCUCCGGAUACCCGUCGCCGCCACCCUCCAGGAGGAGCUUGCCCGCGCCGCUGCCUCCCUUCCUCCACUCGCCCCCCACGAAGCAACCUUUGUUGCCCCCGCCCCGGCCGCCGCCGACGACGACAGCAAGGAGGACCCCUAUCGGGCGGUCGAGGACAUGUUGACCUUGCUCUACUUCGGCUGCCUGUUCGACGUCGAGCCGCAGAGCGGGUUGCGGCGACGGCGCUGGUCCAAACCGAAGAUGCCCUCGUUCGAGCCAGUUAUCAGCACAAGGAGGAUGAACAACCUAGAAGUUCAAACAAAGGAACUUCACCCUGGAUAAUGAAGUUAUCCUUGUUGAUGAACCUCCGAAAAUGGAUGAACCUGACACAGCAAGCUCUCCUGCAGAUCCUAACCAACAGGAGCUGCAAAAACCACAAGUAGACUCGGACGAACUCAACUAGAGGGACAUGGACAAGAAGAAGAACAAUAUCCUUCGUGAACAAUAUAUUACAAUAGAAGAGGAGGUGGCUGGGGUGGUUCUUCCUCCUGCACUAACAAUGGAGGUCAUGUCGAGAUGGAAUCAAGUGCCAAGGCUCCAAAUCCUAUCCUUUUAUCAAGUCAUUUAAAGCAGUUGUUGUUGCAUCAUUAAAUGUUGCUGACUUCCAACUAUCCAAUCGCUGUUGUGUCUGGGGAUGGUGAUCAUAUCUAUUAGAGAUGCAUCUGUUUGAA